UGAAACUGUAUGUUAUUUGUCAUUUGGGCAUUCAUGUUUUAUUGAUACCGUAUACAUAAAAUUAUACAUCCCACAAACAUGAAAAGCGACUUUUUACAAAAGGUGGAACGGCAGAAUGAGCCAAAACAAGGUGUGUUUCGUCCGUGCACUGUUUAGUGGAGGACCGGUGGGGACACUAAUUUCUGCAACACCCGGUGUUUGAGUUGUGGGAUGGAGUUUCGUUGACAUACACAUAGAUACGCUGCCUGAAUAAUUUUUAUUUACUGUGUCUGUCGACUAACACAGCAACUUCUGUCGGGAGCCUUCACCCGGGAAACAUGGCGGAUAAUAUCAUCAUCAGGGUACAGUCCCCAGAUGGGAUGAAAAAAAUACUCUCUACGAAGAGGGAGACUGCUGCUGCUUUUCUGAAGAAGGUGGCCAAAGAGUUUGGGUUCAAUUCCAAUGGGUUCUCUGUUUAUCUGAAUCGCAACAAGACCGGAGAGAUCCUUUCCCAGAACAAGACCCUCAGCCUCCUUAAGAUCAAGCAUGGAGACAUGCUGUUUCUAUUCCCUUCUGGAUCCUCUGGGUCUCCAGGGGAGGUCAUGGACACAGCGACCCCUCACUCAUCUUCAUCCUUACCAUCCGUCUCAUCCUCUUCAUCCUCCUCCUCAUCCUCCAUGCUCCCUCGGUCCUUCUCAGCGCCUCAGGUCCAGGAGGACGAGAUAGAUCAGUAUCUAGCUAAGCAAGACGGAAAGAUCUACAGGAACAGAGAUCCACAGCUAUGUCGCCAUGGUGCUCUCGGAAAGUGUGUGCACUGUGUACCAUUAGAGCCUUUUGAUGAAGACUACCUGAAUCACCUCGACCCACCAGUCAAGCACAUGUCAUUCCACGCAUACCUUCGCAAGCUGACCGGUGGAGCUGAUAAGGGGAAGUUUGCAGCUCUGGAGAACAUCAGCUGUAAGAUCAAGUCAGGCUGUGAGGGUCAUCCUCCCUGGCCCGAGGGAAUCUGCACCAAGUGUCAGCCCAGCGCCAUCACACUGAACAGACAGAAAUACAGACAUGUGGACAACAUCAUGUUUGAAAAUCACACCAUCGCCGACCGUUUCCUGGAUUUCUGGAGGAAGACAGGCAGCCAGAGGAUGGGCUACUUGUAUGGCAGGUACACCGAGCACAAAGACAUCCCCCUGGGCAUCAGAGCUGAGGUGGCUGCCAUCUAUGAACCCCCACAGAAUGCAACUCAGAACAGCCUGGAACUUUUGGAGGAUCCCAAAGCUGCAGCCGUGGACGAAAUUGCGGCUAAACUGGGCCUUUGCAAGGUGGGUUGGAUCUUCAGUGACCUGCUCUCUGAGGACACGAGAAUAGGGACUGUCCGCUACACAAGAAACAAGGACUCGUACUAUAUGAGCGCAGAAGAGUGCAUCACAGCAGGAUAUUUCCAAAAUCAGCAUUCGAACCCCUGCAGACUUUCUAGAGACGGACAUUUUGGCUCUAAAUUUGUGACCGUGUUGGCAACUGGUAAGACAUCAGACAUGAACCGAAUGCUUCCGCCUUCUAAUCAACAGUCAGUAACUUGUAACAUGGUUAUGUACGCAGGUGGUCCAGAUAACCAGGUGCACUUUGAAGGAUAUCAGGUGUCCAAUCAGUGCAUGGCUUUGGUGAGAGACGAGUGCCUAUUGCCCUGCAAAGACGCUCCGGAGCUCGGCUACGCCAAAGAGUCGAGCCCCGAGCAGUACGUACCAGACGUCUUCUUCAAGGACAAAGACAAAUUUGGUAAUGAUGUCACAUUUCUAGCUCGGCCUCUUCCAGUGGAGUAUCUGAUCAUAGAUAUAACAACCACGUUUCCAAAGGACCCUCAGUACACCUUCUCCUCCUCACAACGCUUCCCCAUCGAGAACCGAGACAUCCUUGGAGAGACACAAGAUUUCCACAGUUUAGCCACAUACCUGUCCCAGUGCACCUCCACGGUAUUCCUGGACAUCGUGUCGGACUUCCAUCUGCUCCUCUUCCUCGUCACAAAUGAAGUCAUGCCUCUGAGAGACAGUAUCGGCCUCCUUCUCGACGCAGUGAAGACUUCAAAUGAGGAUCUGGCACAGACCUGGAAGAAGUCGGAGCAGUGGGCCACCAUCGAGCAGCUGUGCAGUACAGUGGGUGGGCAGCCCUCCAGCUCUCUGGGUUACGGGGCCAUGGGCGGCCCCUCUGUCCCCGCCUCCUCCUCAGCCAUGUGGUCCUGCCUCCACUGCACCUUCAUGAACCAGCCCGGCACAGAGCACUGUGAAAUGUGCAGCCUGCCCCGCAGUUAAGAUCACCCCCCACCCCAGCUCCCAUCCAUCCAUUUCCUUAAUCUCACCCCUCCACACACACACACCCCCGGCCCUCCUCUUAAACUCGCCGAUGACUUCACUGCACCAGGACCAGCUGCGAGAUGUGGACGCCCUUGGGUUUUUCUUUUUGUUUUUUUUUUCCCCUUUUCUGUCGCUUCACUUUCCAGCCUUUGUUCUUCCAUCUCCCAGGCUGCUGUGAGGCCGAAAAAAGACGCGUGAAAGGGAUCGUUUACAUCCAACCCAACAAGUAAAUAAAUGAAAACCAGACUGUAACUCUUCUUCUCACAUCCCUCUUCACAGCGGCUCUCGCCAGUGGCGGGGUACGUUUAGGUAAAGCACUUUUUGGCUGAGGCCCCUUUCCCCCCCUGAAAUAAUCACUCCCUCAUGGCUUAAAUAAAUCCUGCUGUGACUCAGGACAACAGCAAAGACUCAAGUGUGUGGAUGUUUUCUCACUCCGUCUGCAUCUUCUGGAAACCUUGCUGUGUAUAAAAACACCUGAGGAAUGAUACUGUUAUUUAAUUCAGCUUCUUUUUUUUAUCUGAUUGUAGCGAUAUCUUAAAAAUUUUGAAUUUUCACCGUGGACUUUGCUCAGUCAGGUUUUUAUAGCUCUUCGAAAAAAAAAUCCCUUCGAGUACAAUCAUCGGUCGCAUCGCAGAUCGGACAAGAGCGUGAGAGUAAAUAGUUUGCAUUUUCAGUAUUAAUUUACUUUGAGGAGUUUUGAGCAGGUGUAAAACACACAGGCCUAGUCAUUCAUACUCCCAGUUGGUGGUGUUUUCCUCUCUCCUGCUGCGUUGUAGCUUUCGGGUUUGGUGGUUUGAACUUGAGCAGGCGAAAUAUGUAGCCAUUUUUUUCCGAUAAAACCCUCAUCUAUCAUCACUGUAUUAGCCGUGAGGUGCUUCUAUAGAAACAACUGGUGCUCACCGGGUUCUCCGUCACCUUCACGUACCUGUGUUUUUUUUGUUUUCCUGCUGCUUUUAAACAUAACACAUGUGGAUGUGUUUUUUUUCCCCCCAUCACUCAGCCUUCAAAUACUUGGCUGCUCUAGAGCGCUCGGGGUCGCAGGUCACUGCCGAGGUUCGUCUAUUCGGUCUCGUGUCUUGAGCCGGACAUCUGGAAGCAGCAUGACGAUGACAUGUUGGAGAUCUGCAGUUGUCGGAGGUCGAGGUGUGGGUUUGGAAUCAAAUCACUAUGUUUUUAGUCUAUAAUUGGAAUUCCAAAUGUUCUAUAGAGUUAAAUAUACAAGCCAAAACCAUGAUGAAUUUGUGCAAAAAUUACACUAAAGAUAUUAACGGUCAAUGGUGUCGAACUCAUUUUAGUUUAGGGGUCACAAACAGACCAAUGUGAUUUCAAGUAAAAUUAUAUAAUAACCUAGAAAUGAUGACAACUUAAAAUUUUCCUCUUGGUUUAAUUUGAAAAAAGGAAUCAAAUGACGAUAUUUACAUUUACAAACUAUCCUUUCACAAUAAAAUGUGAACAAUCUGAGCAAGUAUGAACAACCUGAAAUUUCUUUAGAAAAAUAAAUGUAGUUUUAACAAUAUUCUGCCUGUUACUAAAUGUUUGGUGCAUUUGUAGAUCUACUUUGAUCUAUGAGUUGUGUUAAUAAUAAGCUGAGGUAUGAUAUUGUUGAAAUUCUACUUAUUUUUCUUCAAAUUUCAGAUUGUACAGUCAUAAUGUCACCUUACCUUUUUCAUAUUAAAACAGAAAAUUUUGGAUUAUUAUUUAUAUCAUUAUUUAAUGGUCUGACCCACUUGAGAUCAAACUGCGUUGUAUGUGGCUCCUGAACUACAGCCAGUGGACUUCUUUCUUUGCACAAUUAAAACACUAUUACAUUAAAGAUGCCACUAUUUCCACUGUAGAUCAUUAUUUCACUCCUGACAGUUAAACAGAAUUGUAAUUGUCAUUGAACAACUUUAGACUCACCUGGAUAAAAAGACAUUUUGCUCUGUUUACUUGUGAAUAACCCAAAAUUAUCACAAUUAAAUCCUUUUCAUGGGGACUUUUUUACAGAGUCAAGCUUUUAAACACAUUAAAAAGCGACUGUGAAGCAAAUAAUUACAGUAUUUUGCCUCAACAGGUGAAUGAAAUAAGAGACUUCAUUGGAUUAUGGGAAGUUAAACAGGUUCUGACAGCGAUUAAUCAGUUAUUUUGUGGAAUUUAUUAACAGAUGAUUCAAUGAUGCAAGUAAUGUCAAUUGUAAUUUGGGUGAAGUAACCCUUUAAAAAUAUUACUGCCACUUAAAUUGUCUUUUGUUAUUUCAAAAACAGUAUCGGGACCAAACUAAGAGUCUGCUUUGAUAAAAUCAGCAACAUUAUCUGUACUGUAGGGAUGAAGUUAUCCACAAAAUCUUCAGGUUUAACAGAGUUGAGCUCAAAUAAUUAAUUUACGGAUCAGCUGAAAUACAUGCGAUCACCAGGGUUCGGGCUCUUAGUUGUAAAAUUUGCUGUUGAUUUGUUGGUGAAUAAAAAUAUUUGUGCUUUGGACUGUUCAGAAAAAAGUUGCGGACAUUUUUUUUCCAAACACAGCAUCUCACUGAAAAAUUCCCUGAAAAGCCAAAGCGUGAACGUGACAGAACUGACUUUGCAUGACUGAUUUAGCGCUAAAAAAUGAAGUUAAGAAGUUUCAGAAACAAAGAAAAAAGUAAACCAUCCUGACUCCAUCUCAUUUUCAACCCAAAGUGUCUGUAUUUGUGUCAAUAACUGAUGACCCAUCACCUCUUCGUGUCUGGUUUUGUUUUUCCUUCUAACCUGCGCUCUUCGUUGGACUGGUUUUCUGGGGUGCUGACAGGAAAACUGAUGAAAUCUGAAUCCUGUUGAGUUAAAGUUGGGGUGUUUUUGGGGGGAAAGGGCGGCGGGUCGUGGGCUACAGAUUUAGUUAUUUAUGAGACGUGUGCUUCUUUGUAAGAGCUUGACACUUAUUCCAUUGAUGAAGUGAGAAUAUAUUUUUAGUUGUAGAUCAAUUUGUUUGGAGAAAAGGUUGUUCCUUUUUUUUUCCCGCCCUCCCCCCUCCAUCGUGUGAAUUCAUGAGAGCGAUUAUCUGAUGUCAUGUUAACGGACAGCGGUGACCUUUUCCUUUUGUAUUGAUCUGGGGAUCGUUUGCUGAGCAAACAGCAGGUCCUCCCUCUUCACCGAGCUGAUUGAAGAGCCUGAAAGUUGUACGCUGUUGACCUGGAUUUGAAACAAAAUAAAAA